UUCUGUUGUCUCCUUGAUCUGAUUGAUUACUGUUCCCAAUCUCCAAACGCCGAUUACCCCACAUCUUCCUGCACACACCGUGUAUCCUCCGUCGCCCUCCUACUUCUGCCUUCCUUUGUUCACAACACCCCUCCGACGAUCCAGCAUGAUUCAAGAAGACCUCCUCGAGGAUUGUCUUCGCAUCCUCCAGGAUCAAGCUCUGGACGAAGAAGAGCAGGUCGAGAAAAUAGAGGAUUUCGUACGCGAAAAGACCUCCUUAUCAGGUCCGUCUCUAGAAAAUGCCGUCCUCGACAUCCUCUGGCGCCAUCGCAAUCGCACUUUACCAGACUCCUCCCCUCCGCCGCCUCGUCACACGGUGAUUCGUCGCUCGUCACCUGCCCCUUGGCAGAUGGCACGUUCUGCGACUCCAUUAUCUCCUCACUCGAAUCUAGGCACGAGCCCCGGAAGUACUUCCUGGCUCCAGAGCUCCCGAGGCGGCUUAUCCCGGCCACCCCUGUCCUCCACCGUAUCGCCUUUCACUUCGCCGCGCCCAUCGCCUCGACUAGCUCUUGCGCAACCCAUCCCUCACUCCCCUAACCUAAACGCAUACGAAUUCUCCGAUCAGAGCCAGGUGUCCGAUUUCCACGGCGACUUGGGAAGCGAUAGCAAUGUGGACUGGCUGGUUGCCGACGACGCGAAUAGCGUCACCUCGUCCAUUGGGACCCCGAGCAUCACAGGAGGGCUGAGCGCCACGGCACCCGAGUUUGUGCCCGAUAUGAGCCCGCAUGAUAUCUUACGCACUGUCCUGGGAGACAAGCGAUCGAACGAUGAAAUUGAGGCGGCUCUGGAAGCCAACAGCUACGACUUAGGCGCGACGAUCGCGUCGCUGUCGCAACCCGGUGAUGGUGACCCCAUCUUGCAGCACGCGGAGGAUGGCCACGUUGUGGUCGGAAAGUCCAUGUCGAUGGAGCCACCCAAGAUCGCUACACCUCCGAGCAACAGUCGCAGUCCAGUGGUCUGCAAGUACUGGCUGUCUACCGGCCAAUGUCUCCGUGCCGAUUGCCGUUUCAGUCACGAUCUAACCAACCACCUUUGCAAGUAUUGGGUUAUGGGAAACUGCUUGGCAGGUGACGGCUGUCCAUUCUCGCAUGACCCUUCGGCCCUCGUUGCGAAUCUCAGUGUGGCAGACGGUACUCCCGGCACAGGAUCGCCUGGCACAUCAUUCCACAUGGAGAGUACCUCAGAGGCCUUCCCUCCUCUGCAGUCUACUGCCGGGAUGGGAGACCAAUGGGCUGGCCAGUAUCUUGGCAAGUAUCCUGGCCAUUUGUCUGCGUUUCCUGGCAGCAAAUACGUGCCUCAGGCCAUGCAGUUUGCUGUUGGCAAGCGGAAUGGAAGUAUGACCAACCUGUCCCGCCCCCAUUCUCGCCCGGGGAGUCGGCAUCAGCAUCGUGAGCUGAACCCGGCUGCCCCAUCGGUCGAUGAUCCAGACGCAUUCCCUACCCUUGCUGCUGUCAGUGCCAAGAAUACGGGCAAGAAGCAUCAUGGAAAGCGCGGAAAUCGCGACAAUAAUUUAAGAGAAAACAUGCCUACAUCUUUAGCGGACGUGGUUCGCAUGUCCCCAUCUCCGGCGCCAGGGAAGGGGAAGACUUCAUCUAAGAACAAUCGGGAUGGGGCUAAAGGCCGUGAGCAUAGCGCAGCCGCUCAGGCAAUCCCACCGCCGCAGAAUAUUCCCUGGUUGGAAACUGGUUCCCGAGCGAACCAACAAUAUAUCAAGUACCGGACGGAGGCUAUCCGCCAUGGUACUGUACGGAACAAGUUCCUUCAGAGUGCUGCUCAAGCGUGGAACCGCAAUGACGCAAGAGCCGCAAAAGCCCUGUCUCUGCGGGGCCAGGCUGAAAACGAAGCCAUGCGCAAGUGUCAUCGGGAAGCAGCACGGCAAUUAUACGAAGAACGUAACAAACAUCUCUUGGACGCUGGUCUGGAUGAUGCCGCGGAGGAACUCUAUGUUGACUUGCAUGGCUUGCAUCCCGAGGAGGCCAUUGAAUACCUGGAGAAGAUCCUUCUCAAACAUGCCCGUGAAGGCCGGCGAGUAGUCUACGCCAUCACGGGCACGGGCCAUCAUUCCAAGAACGGCAAGGACAAAAUCGGCAAGGCCGUCAAGGCAUGGCUGAAUGAAUGGAAGUACCUGUUCCGCGAGUUCAGUGUCCCGGGCGAGCGGGGCGGAUAUGUUGGAGGCAUCCUGGGGAUUGACCCCACCAGCUACGAUAAAUCAUUAGCCAAGAGUUUGGAAGACGAUGCCAACGGCAAGGCGGAUGCGGACCAGCCCGUCCUGACUAUGGGCAAGAUCCAGCUGUUGAAGCGCGAAGACCUGGAGUCAAAGCAAUAAUACACAGCGAAAUUUCCUCCAACCCUCAAGGGAACCUUUCAUGAUUUCUGAUUCUCAAAGGCAACGCCAUACUCCAGCUCAAACUCGUACACGCUUGGGAGAAUCCCAGGGUUUAUAAGGAUCCUUGUAGGGAAGCUAAUGCCCCGGAGUGUAAGAGGUGAUCAU